UCAGCAACACGGUACAGAGGUUGUGGUUGUAAAGGAGAACUCCGGGAGAAAGUGACACGCACAGGCAUAUCGCAAAGGCUCUAGCUGAGCUCAGAAGGUCGCCUGCGUGCAUACCGGCCUACAUAGCGACGAAAUGUGAGCUUAUAAUUAUGUAGGCAAAAAAUUCUGCAGUGCACAGUUCAGUAGUUGCCAACAGAAACUUCACACACCAUCUUUUCAUUGAGCAACUCCAUCUUUACCUCCUUAGCCGGGAGAGAACAUUGCCCAAAACUCACCGAACUGUUCGUGUUGAAAAGUUACGCUGGAUUUACACCAUACAGGAAUUCACAACACAGCAGCAACCAAUAAAAUUGCAACAGAGUGACUGUGGUCCCAUUACCAGGAGAAACGGCGUUUCUUGUCAGAUGGUGCGUGAUACCCAGGAAUUACAUUGGUGCCCCCAUGAUGGAUUCAACCUAAAUUCUAAGAGAACUGGAAGGAAAAUAUGACAGUGUAACAGUCUUCUCAGUGAAAAAAAAAUCGCUAUAGGCGUUGACUUUGAUAAUAUCACGACUUUUGUACGUUUUGUGACGAGAUAGAACAAUCUGCUACUUCUAUCCUUUUGUAAAUUUAAAUUACUUUCACUUUUUAAGACUUGUAACGUUUGGGUCAUUUCGAUUAACUGACCGGUGACAGUAACCUCGACAAUGUGGAAUAAUCGAAAGCAGUUUCUACUAGGCAGUUUCCUAUUCUUGGGUACUGUCACAUUGUUCAUGACGGUAGGUGAUUUGCGAAUGGUGGGUGUCACGAACUACCGUAAUAAAGACCAGAGAGACGCUGAAACUGUACAUGACCACGGUUGUUAUACCAUUGACACCGCAUUCAACAACAAAAAACAUCCCCCAAAUGUUCGAGAAGAGCGCGGUUGUUCCAAGCGUCUCCCAGAUGUACUCAUCAUUGGUAGUAAGAAGUGUGGCACCACGACUUUAAAAAACUUCUUAGGAUUUCAUCCGCAGAUCGCUGUUGCGCAAUAUGAAGCUCAUUUCUACGACACCAAAAGGUACAUGGGCAUGGAUUGGUUUAAAGAUCAACUACCGUAUGCCCUUCCAAAACAACUCAUUGUUGAGAAGACACCACGCUAUUUCGUUUAUCCUGGCAUCAAGGAACAGAUGAGGAAGGACCUCGACCCCGAUAUAAAACUGAUCAUCGUCCUACGAGAACCAAUAACCCGCGGUGUCUCUGACUUCUUGCACAUCACCUACAAGCGUUACACCGGCUUGGACAAGAAAGCUGUAAAACCCUCCUUGUCUCCAGAGCUAACAGAGCUUCGUAAAAUAUUCAAGAAGAAAGAAGCCGAAUACAGUCGACGAUAUCCUAAUUAUGACAAUGUGGGAUUAACUUUUGAAGAGUCGGUCUUAAAUGAUAAAGGAGAAAUUGAUGUUAGCAGUGCUAUUAUUGACACCGGUAUUUAUGUAAAACAUAUAAAGGAAUGGUUAAAAUACUACUCGAGGGAUCAAAUUCUUGUCCUAGAUGGUGAGCAGUUGAUCCUAGAACCUUAUGAAAUCAUGCAAAAGACGGAGAAAUUCUUAGGUAUUGAAACAUACUUUUCCCCCGAGCAUUUUCAUUUCGAUGUAAAGAAACGCUUCUAUUGUCUUUCUAAGCCUAUGUCUGUUUGUAUGAAGUCAUCAAAGGGCCGUAUGCACCCGUCUAUAAGUGAUGAAAUUGUUGAAAAAUUAAAACAGUUUUAUAUGCCCUAUAAUUUAGAGUUGGAGGAACUCUUGAACCAGACUUUUUCAUGGACACACAUGUAAGUGAAACGACUUUGAAGAUGGACAUGUUUUGAGAUUAAAUUCGGUCUUCAUAUUUAUUCUUCCACUUUUCUAUAUAUUUGUCACCCUAAUUUCGCCCAUUUAUUCUGGGCCCUGUGGCAUGAAAUCGAUUUAUGUUAACUUUGCCAUCCGAUGAUAACAUUUCUCAACAGCCAAUUAAAAUGAAGGAUUUUAUGGAAGUUACCGUUGGAAGGCAAAGCUACCUUGCAUAGUAUCGGGGUCCAGAUUGUAUUUUUCGUGUUACAUUCUAUGUUACCUAACGCUACAAAUUUUGAAUUUAUUUUUUGGUUGUUUAAAACUUUGUUCGAAUUAAAAUUGUUAUAUUUAGAAUUUAUUGAAACGCCACCAUGAUUACUGAUUAUACACUAUACUAUUGAAAUAAUUUGGUAUAAUAUUCAAGACUAACCAUCAAAAUACGCACGUUUUUAAUCUAUGAAUUUGUAUUAUAGAUUAUACCAAACAAAUCUUCAUUCCAAGUUAGUCAUGUAUUUCCACAAGAUCAGGCAAUGAAGAUAAUAUAUCUUUGCAUACAGGUAAAUCAAUCAUUGUCAACGAUAUUUGGCAAUCACUUCUAAAUUUCCCCACCAUUAUAAGUUAUCGCUUUUCAACUGAAUGAUUUCAGGAGUUUGUCAAGAUAUUUCACUAUUGUACAUGAUAACAUUCGUUUUAACAUAAUUCUGUUAUUGCCUGUCGUUACAAUAAUUGGUACAAUGUGAACUGGCCUAAGUGUCUUGGGGCGACGGAUCUCAAAAGUUUCACUACCAAGAAAAAAAAAGGAGAACAAGAAGUAAAUGAAAGAAAGGAGGGCGAAAUUCAAUAUUUUUUCUUGAUAAUGUGUCAAAAUCUAUCACAAAAUUAGAUUUUAAUUUUUAGAAAAAUUUAUAUUUUAGCCUUCCUCGCGACCUUUUGAAAUUUUGCCACAUCUGCUAGGUUGUGCCCCUCGUUUUUUUUUUCUGGGGGGUGGUCAUUAUGCUACUGUUGUAUGUCUGAUGUGUGGGUAGGUUGAUGAAAGAUAAAAAUAUGCAAAUUGUAGGCUAUAGGCCGUCAGAGAGUCAGUGUUACAAACAUUUUGUGUUUCUCUUUGAAAUGUUUCUGUUUACAAGAGCAUGCUCAGUGGUUAAACGGAGAAACCAUUAAAAAUGAGUAUCAUCGGGUUUAUCAUGUUUAUGCUCCUUAUCCGUUGUUUUAUUCUACUUUCAUAUUUAUCAAGUAUUAGCAUGAAGUAUCAAGAGUAUGAUUUAUUUGAAUGUAAGCCAUGUAAAAAAAAAGUGUGAUUCAAAGGGCAUUUCUGUGACAAAGGCCCAUCAAGUUAACAAGUGUCCUUUUAGAUUUUGUAAUUUCUUCCUAUGGUAAGACGAUGUUAAGCCCCAACAAAACGGGUAUGACAGUUUUGAUUAUGCAAAGAGAGUGAAGGUUGAUUGUUUAAAUUUGCUAAACAAUAUCGAAUACUUAAGAUGUGUCUGUUCUUCCUUUUGUCUUUGUUGGCAAUAGUUUGUCUUGUUGUUAAAUGGAAUCUUCGAAUACCUUGUAUAUACAAUGGAUUUUUUUAUUUCUAUUUGAAGAAAAAAAAAGUGUUUGAGUACAAUGUACAGAAAUUUGACAGAGAUUUGAAUUGAGCAUGUGAAGUUUGCUCAUUGUGAAUCUUUCUGUAUACAAGUUCAUGAUGUUGGAACAUUGUACUGCGGUGUUAAACUGACACCAAUAAUUGGUGUUAAUAGAGGACCACACCAUGAGGUGUUAAAAUUACACCCUAUAGAGAUUAAACAUAACACCGAAGAGUGUAAAUGUAACAACAAAAGGUGUUGUAAUAACACGUAUAGGUGUAAACUAACACCACCAAUUUAUCACCGGUGUAAAAUAACUGGUGUGGUCCUCUAUGUACACUGGUUAACACCACAGUUUUUGCUGUGAAGGGAUGUGGAACUUCUGUGUCUCAUUUCUGUUAAAUUAUAAUUGACUCGUGCAGCAUGAAGACUUCGGUUGAUCGAAAUUACGGUAGGUCUGUGGAUUAAGUGGGUGCAAUGUACCAAAAAGUCCUAAAUACAUCUGAAAGUGAAAUUAAUGAAAAAUAAUCAUAUAUUUAGUGUGAGGACGGGAGUCGUGAAUUAAUUCAUUUUGCACAGUAAGUGUACCGUGAUAUAAUUUUUUUUAAUCCAAUGUUAAUUAGAGUUCAUGUGAAGGGAGCCCAUUGAGUCAUACAGUCAACAGCCACUCCUAUGGAGUGAGCAAUCGAAUGUAUUUUAUUUAUUGUUAUUGUCCAUAAUGGACAUUCUAAUAUGAAUUACCUGUAUUCAUUGUGCAGUGGUAAGUUCAAUGCGAACUGCAUGUAUUGUGCUUUAUAUUUGUAAUGUUUAGGCACUGUACAAUUUGAAACAAUGGGUUGUAAUUUUGAAGAAAAAAGUAGGCCUAUCUUUACAUCUUUCAUUAAAUUAUUUCCCCCUUUCUAGAUACACCACUUUCGUAUAUGAUCUACCUUAGAGAAGGGCAGAACGGAUGGGAUAGUUCACAAGAGAUAAUUGAGAAACUUAAUGUAAUAUAUCAAGUUGUUAAAUCUAUUUUGUUAAUGUAUACAUUGUUAUUAUUUUUUAUGAAUUGAUUUUGUGUAAAUUCUAUUCACCCAUGCAUGAACAAUAUGAAUACGUCUUUAUAAUUUUUGAAUUUAAGUAUACUGAUUGUAAAGAAUUAAAAAUAUUAAUAUUGAUAGUUCCAUUUUGUAAUAACUUGAUGUAUAAUAACAUAAUGAUUCGGGUGUUUACUUUACCGUGAGCAUGUAAAUGAUAAGACCACAGUCUGACACCACUGAAUGUCAUCAUCCCAUUCACUCUUUCACAGUCGUUUAUCAUCUAUUAAUUAUUCUUGUGUGACAUGGUUAAUACCUGCAAUGUACC